GAGGUAGUGAUAGAUUUAACAGUAGGUCAGAUGCACGUUUUCUUUAUAUUGAACAAUAAACGGAAUUAACGGACAAUAUAUUAGCUUAAUUUAAAAAGUUAUAAUAGUUGUUCAACAAAAUAACAAGAGUAAUUAAUCGUAAGAAAGUAACAUGCUUUUGAAAUUGACAGAUCUUUUUUAUCGACCAUCUUUGGUAGCUUAUCGAUAGGAUCUGGAAGCAUGUACCAAUCCAGUCCUCGAGUCAGUAAUCAUCCAUUAAUCGCUUUGUUCAGCUGAGUGCAAUGUGUCAAAACAAAAAUGAUUUGAUAAACGAAUAAAUUCUAUUAAUAUUAAGUAUUGCUUAACAUCGAAAACAUGCAGGAUUUGUACUAUUUUAGUAUCACAGUGUCAGCAAUUAUUGUGUUACUUGCUACAUUUAUCUUGGUUGUAUUUCAAAGUAUCGCUUGGGUAAUCAUUGUGGCCAGUAUUUAUGGAAUUGCUAGUUUUUAUACUGUACAGUUAUUGCAAGUCAUCGACAGUUUACUAACGAAAUUUAAUAUCACAAGUAACAAAUUUAUUACACAAAACGAAGUCAAGGAUCUGUGCAGUGUUUGUAGUAAUGUCUGCAAGAGGCAUAAGUUAUUGCCACAUUCAACAAAGGUCAAAGUACCAAAAGAUUUUGAUGAUGCUUUAGAAAAGCUUCUGGAGGAAAUACUGCAAAUUUAUGUCUGCACAUGGUAUUCAGAUUUUUCAGCGAAUGAAGCUUUUAUACAACAGCUGCGUUUAGCUAUAACGACAGCAGCAAAGAAUAUCGCUGGUAGAUUGUUACGUGCAGACACAGCGACCAUCAUCUUCCAUGACUUGAUACCCUUGGCCAUACAACAUGCCCGGGAUUGGAAUAUACUCAACAAAAAGUCCAAGUCUGAAGUUAGGAUGCCUCAGGAUUAUAUUGGAAGUUAUCUAGGUUCUAAGAUUCAUCCAGCUGCUUACUCAAGAAAGGCUGAAUUGAAUUACCUGCGGGGAUUAGUCACCGCACUCUUGCCACAUUUAUUGCCUGCCAUACAUGUUUCAACGAAUAACCAAAUAAUAUUACGCGAGAUUUUGUCAAAUUGGGUGCUGUUGCCAGCGAUUGAUGCACUCGCGGAUCCAGAAAAUAUAAAUAUGUUGGUGACAUUAUCCACUCAUCGUGACACUUCUCUGUCAGAUGCUGCAGAAACUAUCAAUGUACCAAUGUUGCAAUCUUGGGUCACAGUUCCAGCAGUGCAUCCACACAUCGCGCAGAACUACUUCAAGCAAUCUUUGGACGAAGUCUUGAACAAUCCUGAAUUAUUGUACAUGUUUAUGCAGCAUAUUAAAGAAACGGGACCUAUGAAUCUUCUUCAGUUUUGCUUAGAUAUUGACGAUCUUAGCAAGCGUAUGUUAAAUCCGGAAAUGUCGACUAACGCUGAGGAGAAUUUGUAUAUAGACGUUCAAACUAUGUAUACGGUAUAUCUUGAUCCUGAUGGUCCUGAAUACCUGUAUUUACCAUUGCAUAUAUCGAAAGGCAUACAACAGAUACUCGAAGGUGGGCCAGAGAAAAUUCAAGAAUUACGGACUUCGCGACCUUUUUAUCAAGCUCAUCAAGAAGCACAUGCACUUUUAGAGAGCACCUGUUUACCAUCAUUCCAUCAUAGCUACGAAUUAUAUAAGUACUUGUGCGGUCACUUAGUAUCUGAACAGGCAAAGGCUAUUGCAACUAAUGCAAGCGGAAGUGCAUGUACUCCCAUACGAUUCACCAAUCAACUCGGUAAAAUCGAUGGCGUUCUACGCACAUCGGCGUUGGACGGCGCUCCUUUUCAAUUGCAAGACGCAUAUCCGGUGGAAGAAGUGGAUUGCACGGCCCGAGCAUACAACGAGAUUAAAGGUUUCGGCGACAAGAGCCACCGCGACUUGACGACCUGGCGAGUCGCCAUCCCACACGUAGACGGUGGGGGCACGCAGCCGGUAUACAUGAUUGCGAUUCAUAGCGUAGCAAAGGCUAAAUCGUGGACGGUUCUUCGGCAAGAUCAAGAUUUCUACACGCUGCGAACGCGACUCACCGAGUUUCACGGUGACAAGGAGUUAAACGACUCGCCGUUGCCGUCGCGUAAAAACCCCCACUCGUCUCUCACGACCAACCGUCAGCGUUACGAGGAGUUUCUGCAGAAGUUGCUGUCCAAACCGAUGCUGCGAAGCAGUGAGCUCCUCUACACUUUUCUCACGACUCCUAAUUUGAAGCCAUACUACGCUAACUACAGCACACCCGACAUCGGCAUUCUCUAUCAGAGUAUGGCUUACAAAUUACGUAAGGAGAAGGGACAGCACCUCGACAAGUUCAUGAGCACUUUUCUGGCGUCCACAAACACAAAGUACGAGCACAUGGAUAUGGGCGUCGAGCCGUCGAGUGAGCACAAUCUCAACGAUGCGGAGAACAGGGAUAGGAAACUGUUGGACAGCGUGUUUGGCAAUAAUCUGAAUUUACCUGUUGCUUUCCAGAAUUUCCCGUGCAGCCUGUCGCAGCGCGAUCACGUGAAAGGCGCCAGCUUGUGCAUUGUAGAAGCUGUCGAUGGUCUACUGAAUAUACUUCCGGUAAUUUCGCAACUCUUCUGGAUAUUCGGUUCAUUAUCGCGUAAAAGGGUGGAUCCUGUGGUGAACACACUGUUCUACAACAUGCUGGUAAAACUUCUGAGCGGCGGUCGCGCUGCUAUCGUCGUCAAGCUCCUGCAUGCGAAGAUAGUCGACGACAAAAGUUACAUGAAAGAUUUCUCCUCGCAAGGGAGAGAUUAUUACGAUAUUGCCAAGGAGGGAUUGCAUUCUUUGUUACCGUGGUGGCUGAUGGAGUUCUGCAAGCCAUGGAACAAGCUGAUGGAUUCUCUGUUGGAUCCUUUACAGAACGCACCGUUCAACAAGCAUCUGGCGUAUUUCCUGCUGGAUCAUCUCUUGGUAAAUCUAUUUCCGGAACUAACAACGUAGCGUACUUGAAUUGUAAAAAAAAUCAGUUGUACAUAUUCUCUCAAAGCGACUUGCAUAUGUAGAUAUUUAAUUUUGUGCGUAUGUAAUAUUAAUUUACUUGGUAAAUAAAAGUUCCUAUUGA